UGCCCAGCUGGAUAUUUUGGCACCCUGUGUGACCUGGAUAUUAAUGAGUGUGAAGUUUCACCUUGCCUUCACGAGGCCGUCUGUAUCAACAAACCUGGAGGCUUCAAGUGUGUCUGUCGCCCUGGAAACGCAGGGACGUGGUGUGAACUGAGCAUAGACGAGUGUGUGUCGAACCCGUGCCAAAACGGCGGGAGCUGCGUGGAUGGUCCCAAUCGAUACCAAUGCUUAUGUGCUGGAGGCUUCAUGGGUUUCCAUUGCGAGACCAACUUUGAUGAAUGCAUGUCGGGCCCCUGUCUUCACGGGAGGUGCAUUGAUGGAGUGGAUGUGUAUUACUGUCAGUGUGAAUUGGGAUGGACUGGUGCCAGAUGUGAAAUGAACAUUGAUGAGUGUUCUUCCAGUCCGUGUCUGAAUGGUGGCUCCUGUGUGGACUUGAUUGAUAAAUAUGCGUGUUUCUGCCUGGAUGGAUACACUGGAAAGAACUGUGACAUUGACAUAGACGUCUGUCUCGAAACCCCCACCAAUGUCACCCUGUGUUUAAAUGGAGGGACUUGUCUCGAUGGCCAAGGCUCCAAUUUCACCUGCAGUUGUCCAGCAGGUUUCAUAGGGGACUUCUGUGAGAUGGACGUUAAUGAAUGCUGUUCAGAUCCAUGUCUCCACGGGGCUAUCUGCCGAGACCUGCUUAACGGAUACCUCUGUCACUGCAGGGCAGGUUGGACAGGCCUUCACUGUGAGUUGGACAUUAAUGAGUGCCUUCCGCAGCCCUGCAACCAAGGGAUGUGCAUCCAGAACGAGCCUGGCUACGGCUACACCUGUUUCUGUCGUCCUGGAUUUGUGGGGAGGAACUGUGAGCACAAUUACGAUGACUGCCUGCUCCAGCCGUGUCCGGGAGGAUCCUCCUGUGUUGAUGGUAUCAACGAGGUCAGCUGUCAGCCAGUCGAGGGAGACAUGUCCUCUGUGCCCUGGGAGCCUUCUAUGACACAAACCCCUCAGGGAUCCCUGCUCACCACGUCACCAAUGUCACCAGUGUCACCGCGGCUGAAGAAAUUUGGCUUGCCACCCCAGGUCCUCUCCAAAUACUGCCGCUGCACCAUUGAGAGUGUCCUGACCGGUUGCAUCAUGGCCUGGUAUGGGAAUUGCUCCAUCUACAACCGCAAGGCCAUCCAGCGGGUGGUGAAGAUGGCCCAGUACAUCACUGGGACCGUGGCCCUCCGGCGGGUGGGGAAGACGGCCCAGUACAUCACUGGGACCUUGGCCCUCCGGCGGGUGUUGAAGACGGCCCAGUACAUCACUGGGACCGUGGCCCUCCGGCGGACGGCCCAGUACAUCACUGGGACCGUGGCCCUCCGGCGGGUGGUGAAGACGGCCCAGUACAUCACUGGGACCGUGGCCCUCCCGCGGGUGGGGAAGACGGCCCAGUACAUCACUGGGACCGUGGCCCUCCGGCGGGUGGGGAAGAUGGCCCAGGUAUUGGUCCUAUUCCUGUCCAGAGAGAAGGAGGACUCCAGCUACGUCCAGUACUCUGGUAAUUCCUACUUGGAGUUUGAGGGCAUAGACCUCGGUGCCAACAACAACAUCACUGUGAGGUUUCAGACCCAGGAGGCCCAGGGGACCAUUCUGUACGUUGACCAAGGAGCAGUGACCAGGGGCUUCUUUUUCAUGAAACUCUUCAUCCAGGAGGGAAUGCUACAGUAUGUAUUCUCCUGUAACCGAGAGGAAGGGAUCAGAAGGAUCAAUACAUCCAUCCGUGUUGACGACGGCAAUCCAUACAUCGUCUACGUCAGACAACAACUGGCGCCAUGCGAAGCGGAGGUGGUCGUGUCUGGGUAUGAGAGAGUCAGAAGCCAGCCCAGCAACUACUGGUCAGGACUCACCAUACAGAGAACGAGCCAUCUGUUUAUAGGGGGCUUGCCUCGUCGAUACCUGCCAUAUCAGGGAGCCCAACCCUUCUCCAACUACACCGGCUGCGUAGAAAUAAUUGAAAUGAAUAAGCUGCGGGGAUUCUACACAUCCAGUGCCGUUGCCGGCAGCAACGUAGACGACUGCAGGUAA